CCCUCCCUCGGUAGAUUCCCAGCAAACAAGAUGGCGGCCGGCAUGUGGGUACAAGGCCCACGAAAAUGGUCGCGAAAAAACGGAGAUUAGAAAAAUACCAUGUACCCCCGUGUAUUCAUAUGCAGGUCGCCUCGAUUGUGUUGUGUAACACCAUCGUGGAGGAGAGAUGUGAACAUUCUCAUCACGAGACGUUUUACUUGCCUAGCUAAAGGCCGUCACAACAACAGGAUCUGCGAAAAGAGAUUCUUUAUAUAUGGAAAUGCGACGCUAAGAUGUUUGCAGUCAUCAACGUCAAGUAUUGUUAAGACGCUCUCAAAGAAGGAAACACUUGAAGAGGUUAUUGCAAAGAAGGGGACUGCUGUUGAUACCUCAGAUGAAGAGCUAUGGAUAGAGCAGAGAUUUGAUUUAAAGCUUCUACCGGGAUACUAUGCUAGAUUAUCCAAGAUCAGGCUCUCAGGAAUGGUUGUGUUGACAGCAAUGGCUGGAUAUGCCUUGGCCCCUGCCCCUAUGUAUCUGGACACCUUUUUGUGGGCAUCACUAGGCACAGGCUUGUGCUCUGCUGCGGCCAACUCUUUCAAUCAGUGGUUGGAAGUCCCCUUUGAUUCACAGAUGAACAGAACUAAAAACAGAGUUCUUGUCCGAGGCCUGCUAAGUCCUCUGCAUGUCCUGUCAUUUGGAGUCGUCUCCGGCAGUCUAGGGGUGGCUACCCUCUUGCUCGAAGUCAACACCCUCACUGCUUUGUUAGGUGCUUUCAACAUUGCUCUCUACACAUGCAUUUACACGCCCAUGAAGCGCCUCAGUAUCGCUAAUACAUGGGUGGGGUCUGUAGUAGGGGCUCUUCCUCCUCUUAUGGGAUGGGCGGCAUGUACUGGCACCCUUCAUCCUGGAGCAUUUGUGUUUGCGGGUCUUCUGUACUCGUGGCAGUUCCCCCACUUCAAUGCACUGAGCUGGAAUCUAAGGCCAGACUACUCUAGAGCUGGUUACCGUAUGAUGUGCGUGACAGAUCCGGCUCUGUGCCGCCGUGUUGCAUUACGCCACUCCUUGUCUCUGAUUGGUCUAUGCACCCUGCUCCCCGUGUGUGACGUCACGAGCUGGUGGCUGGCUCUUGAUACGUUACCUCUCAACGCGUGGCUCACGUUUCUUGCCUACAAAUUCUACCGCGACUCGGACAGUAAUUCGAGCCGGAAACUGUUUCGGUUCAGUUUGCUCCAUCUGCCUGUGUUGAUGUUGCUGGUCAUGUUUCAUAAGAAGCCAAAACAGAAGCAGACAGAAGGGGUGUUACUCGUCGACAGUAUAGCACAAGUUUGAAUACAGUUCUCAGGAGUGGUAGUGGAAAUACUAUGGUGACCAUUCUUUAGAAGCCUGCACUGCUUUGAGGCUUUAUCACCACUUAUGAUGUCAUCAUCAUCAUAAUCAUCACUAGCGCAAGUUUGAAUACAGUUCUCAGGAGUGGUAGUGGAAAUACUAUGGUGACCAUUCUUUAGAAGCCUGCACUGCUUUGAGGCUUUAUCACCACUUAUGAUGUCAUCAUCAUCAUCAUCAUAAUCAUCACUAGCGCAAGUUUGAAUACAGUUCUCCGGAGUGGUAGUGGAAAUACUAUGGUGACCAUUCUUUAGAAGCCUGCACUGCUUUGAGGCUUUAUCACCACUUAUGAUGUCAUCAUCAUCAUCAUCAUAAUCAUCAUUAGCGCAAGUUUGAAUACAGUUCUCAGGAGUGGUAGUGGAAAUACUAUGGUGACCAUUCUUUAGAAGCCUGCACUGCUUUGAGGCUUUAUCACCACUUAUGAUGUCAUCAUCAGCAGCAAGGAGUAGAAAAAAAGGCUGGAUGAUUAUAAUAUGAUAUGAUAAUGCCAAAAAAAAAGUUUAUUAACUUGGCAAAACAAACGUUUAUUUUUGGCGUUUGUGUGGCAAAUGCAUUGGGGCCAAGGGGGUUGUGAGAUGAUGUUUGAUGAUAGAUUUUAAAACUAUUUAUAACCGUUUGUUUUUGGUCGAGAACCAUUUAACCUUCAGGGGAGUCCAAGAUAUUUUUUAUCAUGUGCUGGGGUAUGCUUCCUCAUACGCAUUUUAAGGCAGGUCGCUCACUCCCUGCGACGACUGCCUCAAAACGCCUGUUAGGGAGGCUUGUGUUGGGACUCUGGACCAAACGAUGCAGGAAAUGAUUUUAGACCCGUAGGGCCUUGAAUAGUAAAAUGGUCGGCCACUAAGACCGAUUAAAAUGUUAUCAAUUAGUGCGUAACUAAGGAAUAGUAUAAUAUAAUAGAAAGAAAAAGGAGAGAGGAUUGUUUGAACAAUUGUUUGUUUGAAUAUAUAAAUAUUUUAAUCGUUCCUAAGGACCGUUUCCCAGAGUAAUUUGGUAGCAAAAGCAAGGCUAUGGCAGGUUAGAGUCUGCAGUCGUCAACUUGUUUUACUUCUUUUACUGUUACUUGCUUUACUAAGCUAAAUAAUUUGGUGAAAAUAGACAGCUGUAAACAAGCAACGACUUCUCAAUGCCUAAGCCUCGCUUUCGCGCUUCAAUUACACAGGACCUCCCUUAUCUUGAGAACUGUAAUCAAAGGAUGCAAACUAAGGCGAGACCAAUCUCGCGCAGAAAUAAGGUGUUUUUGAGUCCAAUUUCUUAAUAUAUAUUAAGAUAAAGUACUAAAGAAAUAACGUUUUUACUGUAAAAAUAAAAGGAAUUAAUUAUUGAA